AUGAAUAUGCUGAAGUCAAGUGGACUGAAAAUUCCUGGCAGGGGACCAAAACACUCCAGCCCAGUGGGACGACCCACUCCUGGAGCACCUUCCGGUUCUGCAGCACAGAAAGACAACACCCCACAUAAACCAACCACUCCAGCUCCCAGCAGCGCCUCGGACAAGUCCAGCUCCAAAGCCUCUGAGGUUGGCGAUGAGGUCGCUGGGGACUUUGUGGUGGGAGAACGGGUCUGGGUGAACGGCGUGAAGCCCGGCUGCAUCGCCUACCUGGGAGAGACCCAGUUCGCUCCCGGCCAGUGGGCCGGCGUGGUCCUGAACGACCCGGUGGGGAAGAACGACGGCUCGGUCGGCGGGGUGCGUUACUUCGAGUGCCAGCCCCUCCAGGGCAUCUUCAUCCGCCCCUCGAAACUCACCCGCCAGCCCGCGGGAGAUGGGAGCGACGUCCACUCCAACGACUCGCUCACGGCCCAGAACGUCCAGGGCACCGCCGCCCAGCGUGUGGUCAUGCCGCUCAGAGAGGGCGUCCUCAACAGUGCCAUGAAGACGGGCAACGAGUCCGGCUCCAACAUGUCUGACAGCGGCUCGGUGAAGAAAGGAGGUGAAAAGGACUUGAAAGUUGGAGACAGGGUUCUGGUGGGAGGCACUAAGACGGGAGUGGUACGGUACGUUGGAGAGACGGACUUUGCUAAGGGCGAAUGGUGCGGCGUGGAGUUAGACGAACCCUUAGGGAAGAAUGACGGCGCCGUGGCCGGAACCAGAUACUUCCAGUGCCUGCCCAAAUUUGGCCUGUUUGCGCCCAUCCAUAAGGUGAUCCGCAUCGGGUUCCCCUCCACCAGCCCUGCCAAAGCCAAGAAGAGCAAACGCAUGGCCAUGGGCGUGUCCUCGCUGGGCCACAGCCCCAGCAGCUCCUCCAUCAGCUCCGUCAGCUCCGUGGCCUCCUCCGUGGGAGCACGACCCAGCCGCACAGGCCUGCUGACGGAGACGUCGUCGCGCUACGCCCGUAAGAUCUCGGGCACCACGGCGUUGCAGGAGGCUCUGAAGGAGAAGCAGCAGCACAUCGAACAGCUCCUCGCCGAACGAGACCUGGAGAGGGCUGAGGUUGCCAAGGCAACCAGCCACAUCUGCGAGGUGGAGAAGGAGCUGAGCGAGCUGAAGGCCCGGCACCUGCAGUAUGCAACUGAUUCAGAAAACAGCCUGCAGCAAAUGAGAGCCCUAUUGGCCAGCACCCAGAAGGACAAAGUGGAACUAGCCAAUCAGCUCGAAGAAGAAAAAAGAAAAGUGGAGGAUCUGCAGUUCAGAGUGGAGGAGGAAUCCAUUACCAAAGGAGACCUUGAGACUCAGACCAAACUGGAGCAUGCUCGUAUUCGACAGCUCGAGCAGAGUCUGCAUGUCGAAAAGUCCAAAGCAGAGAGACUUCAGAAAGAGUUAGACGAGAAGAUGCAAACCACAGUGGAGGAGAAAAGUCGCGUCAUGCAGCUUGAGGAGGAGCUGGCCUUGCGUAAAGCCGAGGUGGAGGAGCUCCAGGCUCGGUUGAAACAUGGGGAGGAGGCCGGCGACUCCGGCUCCGGCCUGAAGGCAGAGGCUCUGGUUCUGCGGGAGCAGUUGCUGUCGGCAGGCCGCGAGCACCGCGAGGAGAACAUCCAGCUACGGGAGAAGUACGAGGCUUCCCUAAACGCCAGCCAACGGGAGGCGGAACACCUCCGCACCACUGUGGAACGGCAGGGGCAGGAGAUCGCCGACUUGCGACAACGGCUCCAGCAGGCCACCCGCGAGAACAUGGAGAUGAUGGACAGCUGGAAGGCCAAGCUGGAUUCGCUGGUGGGCGACCACCAGCGCGCUUUGGAGGAACUCAAAGCUUCGGUGACGGGCGACCGCGGGGCAGCGGAGGGCGGCGCCGACGGCGACGGAACCACGCCCGAAAUGAGAGCGGCCCUGGAGAGCCUGAGGAUGGAGCACCAGCUGGAGCUGGAGAACCUGAAAGCCAAACACGAGAUCGAGGCGGCCGUUCUGGCCAAAGAACGCGAGGACUACCGCGCCAGGCUCCAGGAGCUCCGCGACCAGCUGGAGGAGUCUGAGGAGAACUGGAAGAUCCAGGCAGAAGCUAAGAGCAGCCAGUACACUUUGGAGCUGAAGGAGGCGUCCGAUAAGCUCCAGAGGGCUGAAAUGAGACUCAGUGAGCUGGACAAGGCUCACGGGGAGCAGAGCUGCAACAACCAGCACCUGCAGGAGCAGCUGGAGCUGGCGGAGAAGAAGAUGGUGGACUAUGAGGCCCUGCAGAAGGCUGAAGCUCAGAGCCGAGCGGAGAUCCUCUCUCUGGAGGAGAAGCUUAGGAUCAGUGAGAACCGACUACAGGCUUUGAAGGCUGAUCACGACACCCAGGAUGCUAACAUGAUAGAAAAUAAUGAGAACUCUGAGGAGAAGAUCAAAUUAAAACAGAACAUGGAAGAAACUCUGGAGAAACUUACAAAAAGGGAAAAAGAGGUGUCUACACUUACAACACAAGUAGAUGCUCUCAAAUCCCAAGUAUCUGCCCUGGAGGGGAAGGUCCGUUCGGGGGAGAAGAAGGUGGACGGCCUCCUCAGGGAAAAAAUGCGUCUGGAGGCGGAGCUAGAAUCAAUGACCAAGAAAUCUCACGACGCGUCCGGUCAGCUUGUCAUUAUUAGCCAGGAACUCCUGAAGAAAGAAAGGAGCUUAAAUGAGCUGAGAGUGUUGCUCCUGGAUUCCCCGCGUCACUCCCCGGGCAUGGACAGGGACCUGAGUCGGGAGGUCCAUAAGGCGGAAUGGAGAAUGAAGGAGCAGAAACUGCAGGAUGACAUCAAAACCCUUAGGGAGAAACUGCUGCUGCUGGGUCGAGAAAGAUCAUCACCGGACCACCGCAGGUACUCGAUGUUGGACCCCUCAGCUCCGGACACGGAGGUGGCUCGGCUGCGUCAGAGGCUCCUGAACACGGAGGAGGCCCUGCGGAACGCUCUGGAACACAACCAGCAGGUUGACCAGCUGGUUCAGGCCAUGCGCAUGCGCCCAGAGAAGAGCCAGACAAAUUCUGGUGCAAAUUCAGAAAAUGGGAUUCAUCAAGAGGAUACGCCUUUCACACAAGAGGUGAAUAUUUACCAGUCGAAUAAAUCUGCAUUCUUUAAAUUUUGCAACUUCACAGUACGUAACUCAGCUUAA